AUGUCGCAGAACAUGGAAUAUGUGGAAAGGCGUCAAAAGGGAGGAUUCCGCAGAUGGGCAACAUGUGGAUUCUUGUGCAUCGGUGUCUUUAUCGUCGUCACGGCGGGUAGUAAGGCUAGCAUAACCUCAGACGAAACGGAACCACAAAAGCCGGAAGCAACUCUCGAGCGGAGUGGAACUCUUCUCUCUGAUCUUGCGUUGACAACAGCCCCCACCGUCAGUCAACGAAAUGGAAGGCGGGAGGGCGACUCCCACACACCGGGUCCGACAGAUUCACCAGAGAUUAUGCGGAAGCACAGUAAAGAGUUAGAUCCCGAUGAAGCUCCCAGUCCCAAAGCAGUUGCUUCAGAAAUUCUCUUCCUUCGUCGAUCAGACACACCGAGCAGACGUGUCGUGCUGAGUUACUCUCUCAAGGGUUGUCCAUCAGAGAAACUCGAAGUAGGCCGAGCUGCAGGGCAUUCGGCUUCUCUCCAGGGACAAGAAGCUAGCAGCCGUACGAUGAAUCUGUUAAGAGACCAAGUUUCUCGGCUCCUGCAUGCGAAAAAGCUGGUAAAAAAACCUGAAUCCGUGAGUCCACGAGGUGAAGAAAUUUUGGGGUAUGGACAAGACUAUCAUGUGAGUUUGAGGGUGACGGUCGAGAUGGAAAGCCGAUAUUUGUCAGCUCUGCAAAUGGAAGUCAUUCAAACACUACCUGAGGGGGUCACGGAUGACGAAAUCAUACAAAUUGCUAAGGGACUUCCUUGCGUCGAGAAGGCAUACCACGAUUCCUUGAAAUUCUCUGAGCAAUACUUGAGGCAUCCUGUUUCUGAUGGAGAUCCGGAUCCCAUGAACACGGGAACAAAGCGCCGUCCUCCGCAGCUAAGCAAAGGCCACUCUGCACACUAUUCUCUUGAUUCCCUCGGGGAACGCGUUACGAACGCUUUUGAGACAGGAGACAUUUUAUCAAAUGUGGAUGCUGACGUUCAAGUGCCUCCUAAUGACCCAAGCUUCCGCCUCCAGUGGAAUCUACAGGAUAAGGCAGAGUUCGGUCUGCACACCGAAAGAGCGUGGCAGCUCUGGACGGGUCAGAGGCGACCCAUGGUGAUUGCAGUCAUUGAUAGCGGCUGUGAUCUAGACCAUCCAGACCUCAACGCCAAAAAGUGGCACAACCCUGGAGAAAUUUGCAACGACGGUAUCGACAACGACGGAAACGGUUUUACUGACGACUGCCAUGGGUGGGACUUCGCGACAGAUCGUCCAGACGUUCGCUCGGACUCCACUGGGCACGGAACAGGAGCUGCAGGCGUUCUUGGCGCGGUGCCGAACAAUUUGAUAGGCCUGGCUGGGGUGUGCUGGGGCUGUGAAAUCAUGUGUCUGAAAUUCAUUGGUGGUGGUCAAGGAACUGUUAGCAACCAAGUUCAAGCCAUUGACUAUGCGGUUAAAAUGGGAGCCUGGAUUAGUAACAAUUCUUACGGUGGAUACGGACAUUCGAAUCUUGAAUUUGACGCCAUCCGGCGAGCUCAAACUGCUGGUCAUCUCUUCAUCACCUCCGCAGGGAAUCACAACCUGAACACCGAUCUACCACAGAACGACCAUACUCCUUCGAGUUACGACCUCUCUAACAUCCUGAGUGUGGGAGCGUCGACGCACAUCGGUAGAAAGGCGGCCUUCUCUAACUAUGGACUCGCGACUGUCCACGUGUUCGCUCCUGGCGCUGAUAUUCACACGACCGAAGGCGAGGCAGGGUACUCUAAAGUCAGUGGGACCUCUUUCGCAUGCCCACAUGCCGCGGGGUUGGCUGGGUUGAUUUGGUCGGCGUUCCCCAACUUGACCUACCUUCAAGUGAAGCGAGCUUUGAUCGAGGGAUGCAGGCCAAGUUCGCACCUCUUGUCACUGGCCACAUGUGGAGGGACUCUCGACGCUAACAAGUCUCUCUAUAUUGCCGCGAAACUAUCCACUGGGUCUAUGCCUGACGGGAGCACAUCGCGGACACAUGACUAUGUGAAGUCAGGCGUAGAUUUAGUAGGUCCAGCCGCCCUUCUAUCGGGGCUGGUGAGAGGAACAUCGCCUUCCUUAGCUGCAUCCCCAUCAGUUCUAUCCGUCCGUGCGUCUUCGCGCGAAAGUUCAAUCAAUGCUGCAAUUGCCCCUCCUCAAGCCCAUAAUGGAGGGAACCCAACAAAGAUGCCCAAAACAGAUUCUCUCCAGAGGGAGGUGAAUCCACCGUUUGUCGCCCCCGAUUAUCGACGCACGAUUGUGCUGGGGUCACGCUCAUCGGAACUGGAUUCUUCUUCGUUUCACUCAUCUGUAGCAAACGAAGGAAGUAAUAUUUUUUCUGAUGGAAUGGGACCAUCUUCAACCAGACCGCCUUUCGAGGCGGAAGAAGAGAUGUCCACUCGACAGCCAUCUGCCACAUCAGGGGAAGUGAAUGCGUUUCAUGAAGAGACGUUUGGUACGUCCAGAGUUGAAGCGAUCAGAGUCGCUGAUGAAGAUUCAGGGACAGAAGAGGCCCCGCGUUCCUUCUCACUGUUUAGUGGGCAAUUCCUUCCCGCGGCGAGAACAGCUGCGUCGUUUCCCUCGUUCGAUGACUUUUUUUCUGCUCCCUGGAGUGUGAUACCAACCGGAGAAGAACCGCAACUUUCCGCUCAUUCGGAGAGCUCAAGGAUGUCCGAAAAAAAUAUGUCUUCUUCGAAUGUAUAUUUGACAGUGAAGAUGCAGGAGAGUGUUCAUGAUCGCACAACGGCGACGCCGACAGGGCAAGCCGUGAUGAACAUAGAUGAGCAGGGAUCAUCCACUACAAGUCGGCGAGUAGCCAGGACAAACAAAAGCUUACCCGCCUUGCUGAAAGAUAGCUUUUCUCUGUCGUUAGGACUUGGAAAAGAGCUUGUAACAUUUGGGAACCUGAUGGCCAAGGUACCGGUCGGCAACAUCUGA